UGGUUCUGAGUGAAGCAGUGGCCAAUGUGGCACCUUUCCUCAUUUCUUAAUUACGAGAUAUAGUGUCAUUUUUUUUUUUUAUCCAGUGAAUGCAAUGCGCUUAAGUAGUUUUCCAAUAGCAGUUUGCCCGUAACGUACACUGACACCCCGCUGUCCCGAGAGACUAACGUAAUAAAAACGUAAGCCUAACGACAGGCCGCAAAUGGAGCCGGGGACCUCGCGUGAAAUCGUGAGCGCCGCGGAGUGCCCUGUACCGACCGGUGUGCGGGAGGAGACCCCGGGGGAAGAGGCGACAGGAGGCGAAGGCAGCACCAGGAUGUUUAAGCGGAGAGAAGCAGACGAAGACACCGCGGAGGAGGAGGUGGAAGCGUGUGAGCAGGAUUGUGGUGAUGAUGCUGAGAACCGGAUUAAAACCGAGGAGGAAGAUGCAGGAAAACACGAGGAGGAACUGGACCCCAGAAUUCAGGAGGAGCUGGAGCACCUCAACCAGGCCAGUGAUGAGAUCAACAAACUGGAGUUGCAGCUGGAUGAUGCCAGGUCCAGCUACAGGAGGAUUCUCACUGAUUCUGCGAGGAAGCUCAACGCUCAGGGCUCCCAGCUCGGUGCCUGCAUUGAGAAAGCAAGACCCUACUAUGAAUCCCGCAGACUUGCCAAAGAGGUGAACGAGGCGGAGGAGGAGCGCCUCCGCAGUGAGCGGGAGCAUCAGCGAGUCACACAGCUCUGCCAGGACGCAGAGGCUCGAGUCCAGACCCUCCAGAAAGCCCUGAAGAAGGUCAUCCUUAAAUCCAAACCAUACUUUGAACUCAAAGCACAAUUCAAUCAUAUUCUGGAGGAACAAAAGGCUAAAGUAGUACAGCUGGAGGAACAGGUGGCAAAAGUAAAAACACGUUACUCUGUGGCCCUUCGGAACCUGGAACAGAUCAGCGAGCAGAUCCAUGCGCAGAGGGGGCGAAUUGGGGCCAGCAGGGGAAGUCCUGCAGUCUGCGGGGGACGGAGCUCCCCUGUAGGUGCCGAGGCAGAGGUCCGUGCCACCAUCGGGGUCCACGUCAGCACCUGUGUGGGAGUCGGCGGGAUAGAGAGCGACUGGGCGGACGGCGAGAAAACCAGGCUGUGGGUAGAGAGGCACAGAGAGAGUGGCUGGGGCCAGAGGGAGCGGCUGGAGGUGGAGCAGGCCAGCUCAGACUGCAUGUCAGUCAUCAGCCUGCAGACUAUCGCCUCUGACCUGGAAAAGUGUGACUCAGUGGAGCACCUGGGUGACCUGAGUGAUGCCGGGAGUGUGCUGGGUGAAGAAUGGGACUGCGACAGGAAGCCUAAUGAGAGGCCAGUCAGUAGGGUGGUGACCGAGGGGCCCCAACAGGAGGAAGCCCAUCAGGAGAAGGCAGCCGUUAGUAAAGAGAAGCAGGGGAGCGUCAUAAAGCAGCACCACAGGAGCGUUAGUCUAUGAUAGUCAGUAGGAGGAAGCUGAUGACUGACGAGUGAGGCUCAUGGCGAGCAUAUGAUAAGUGAUCAGAGAGGAAAUUAGAGGAGAGAGAAACUGACUGAGAGCGCCGCGCUGACACUGCAGUUAGGAAUAUCAGGCAGGUACAUUGGCUGCACACUAAUGAAUUGCUAUGUGACAGCAAUAAACAGAGAGCAGUCCUGCAGAGAGCACUGACCUGCCUUCAUGCUUGUACUGCAGUCUGCCCCACAUGCCAAAACAUCAACACAAGAUUUCAUGCUCUUUGUGCAAACUAAUCCCUGUCGAGUACAAACAGGCAAUUUAGAAGCAUGAUAGAACACAUGCUAGUUGUCGUCAAGUCAAGUCGUCUUCUGUGCUGGCAUAGUAUCAACUUUAAGUUCUGAUAACACUGGAUUCACUAAAGUAACUGCUGAGAUCUGGGAACACGGGUUCUAAACAAGUUUAUCACCUAAACCUUAUUUGGUGGUCAAACUGUAAGUGAGUUCACCUGAAAUGUUGUUAAUAAAAUGUAUAGUAUGUAGUGUUGGGACUAAUUAUAUUAUUGUGUAUUGUGAAAAAAACACUCAUAAUACUAUCACAGGCAAACUUCAACCAAUCAGCGUAGUCAAACCCUUACUGAAGUUAGUUGGAAGAAGAGAGAAAACCUCUUUUCCAUGGAAAGCCUUCAGUGCCGUUCUUUGCUCUUGUUCCAAAGAAGAAAUGCACUGCAUCUGCACUAACCUCUUUAGCAGCUGUCAUUGUUGUUUUUCAAGCAGUCACUUCUCACGCAUACACCUAAGAGUUACUACAGCCACUGUGGUUGGACACAAGUGCAUAGCUUGAAGCCUGGCAAGAUGGAUUCUCACUUGAUCUUGGUAGUCCAGCUUUGGGGACUGUAGCUUGAGUUAAUUGGAGUGAGCUAACUUUGUUUUGUUUGGACAAGCAACAGGAGCGUUUGCCCGGGGCGUGAGAUUAGGGUCAACAUAUCCCAGCUAUUAUACCUUGACCAACUAUUUUGUCUCUGCGUUCUGUGUAUGCUAUAUGCAUGGGAGCAUGGGGGCAUGGGAGGCAUAAUUUUGAUAAACCCUACAAAUGGAAUAAAAAGUUUGGUACAGGCCUUAUCUUCUAUCACUAUAAAAGUAUUUUUAUUUAAAAUAAUGUGGCCAAAUACUACUUUUUCUGUCUUAUAAAGGGACCAGCCAUAUGGCCUCAGCUUUAUUCAUUAACAUGUAAAUAAGAUCAUUAACUAAGUGCAGUUUGAUGGAGAUAUUGUUUUUGCUGCAGAGAUAGUUUACCUUUACUGUCUGAUGCAAGAUCUCUGCAUUAUCAAUUACUACAACCUCUAAUUUCAUGGCGGUGAGUAGUAUGUGCUGCAUCAGUGGUAGCAUGUGCAAAGCUGCUGGUAAUGAGACUGAUAACGUAGAGCUUAAACAUAAUAAAAUAAUGAGCUGUCAGCCUCCAGACAAACUAAUAUUUACCCUCAGUAGCUGACAGAUACAGGAGGAAAAGCUCAUUUUGUUAGGUAUUUUUUUUAUUUUUCAGUGACUUUAACCAGUUCCAUUACUUUGAUCAGGGAGGUGCAUUCUUCACAUUGGGAACAUACAUCCAUGACGGGAGCCAUGUCACACCUCAGCAAAGGUGUGAUCUAACCCCAACCCUAACCCGCCCAAAGAUUGUCCUAGUUAACUAGUAGUCUUUACAUAAAGCCUAGUAUUAGCCUAAUAUUCGCCUAGUCAUAGCACUUUUAUUAUAUUAAUUAAAUUAUUCAAAUAUAUAGAUUUUAACAGCCGUCUGUUAAAUGAAACGGAAAAAGUGGUAAUGAUUCUGAAUGUAUCAGAACAACCAACAAGGAGACUGAACAUUCAGUUCAUUUACUUCAACACAGUAUAACAUCACACAGUUUUAUUGUUCAAAACAAUUCCAGCCUUUCUAAAACAAAUACUGGCAGACUUAUUAACACGAUGGAUGAUUAACAGUUACUUACUAAUUAAUUUGCUACAAACCAGCUCCUCUUCCUCCCGUUUCAUGCCUCUCCUGUCCCUGCCUGAACAUGCCUGUCUUCCCCCACAGGAGUGAUAGUCUUGUGGGCCUGACCUGCUACGGCUCUGUCGCUCAUUCCAGCCGUGGCAGUAUUUCCCAUUGGGCCCUGUGCUCCUAUGCUAGUAGUGUUUAAACUCCGCCUGUCCUUCGAGCUCCAAGUCCGGGUAAAGUCAGCUUAUAGAACUGCUAACUAGCUAGUACAGUUAGCAACAGUUCACCGGUAAGAGCCUCCCUGUGUUACAAGAGGAAAGGUCCGUUUUGCAACAGUCUCCUGAUAGUUUGGUCCCGGUGACAAGCAGCUCCCGUUUUUGUUUUUCUGUGACUAUCUGACUAAUGCAGAGUGGGUCGUCUAACACCCUGUUCACAUAUGCCGCCUGAACAGUGUGUAGUGUCUCCUGCGCUUGACAGCUCCCACGCACGCUGUGUUCACACCGAGAGCGUGUUGUGCAAUGCUGCCACGCCUAUGUAUAUAAACUUUUCCCUGUAUAAUGUCCAUGAAAAAUCUAAAAAUCCCUAUCAUUUAAUUUUGAAUGCCAUAUACUUUAAAUGUGGUAACCAGAAAGCAUGUGUGGUUUGUUUACCCGAGAGAGUGAGCGAGAGAGAGACAGCCAGAUACUGCCCAUGAUCCGGCUCACUUACAGAAAUUCUUCUACAAAUUAUUUUCAAGUGAAGUCGUGUUAAAUAAAAGAUUACUACAGUGCUUUUACUUUGAAAAAUGUAAACUCUACUGAAAUAUAUGGAUAUGACUACCAACAUAUCCUUUCACUUUACUCUUGGGCUCAUAGUAAAAAAUAGGCAAGACCAUGACUCUCUAGUGAAGCCUUGCUGCAGACACAGCUGAGAUGCGUAUGAGACGUGACCACUCUAAUUUGUUAACAUGGGCGCCAAAAUAAAAAUCAAGACAUUCUGCCACGCAGACGUGGGCAGUCUGAAUAAGCCUUAAGACUCUUCUCAGCAACUAACAGUUAAGUCGACUGUUAACGGGCAGCUAUACAAAAUGUAUAGUCUAUAAGUGCAAGACUUUUAGAAGUAGUUUGCCUCGUUGUCCAGCAGAGGGCCCUUCAUCAUCACCUUGAUCUAUGGCAUGCCCUAUUGGCCUCUCAGUAAACUAAGCUAAUAAUCUUAUGUUGUUGUGAAACUGGAGGAGACUAGCGAGCAAAGCAUGGAGCAAAGCCGUCCUGAGCGGACAAUCGUGACACCAAAGCUUCUGAGAAGCUUCUGUCAAUUUUGUACAAAGCAGCUGUCUAACUCUACAGCCACAACAAAUGUGCGACUUAUGUUGAUGUUAUGUUUUCCUGUAUGGCGUUAUGCAGUUGUACUAUGGGUUUUGAGAUAAUUCGUUCAAAUAAAUUGCACGCCAUUUCAAGUUUGUUCGAAAAAAAAAAAUUUGAAAAAGGAACAGCCAUACCUGUCAGCCCAAUAGAUCAUCUGAUACAAACUUAUAUCAAACAAAACCAAUUUACUAAUUAACUAACCUUCUAUCUAUCAGCCGACAUCAUCAUUAAGUUGCUGUUCCAUUUCCUCCUGUUUACUGCCAUGAAACUAGAGGCCUAGGUCUCUGCUAUUGCACAUUUUUUUUGCACAUAUUUGCACAGUUAUGCCGAUGGAAAUGGCCAAAUGUUUGAUAAGUUGGUGAUUUAUUUUUAUUUAAAGUGCCUAUGACUCCUAAUAAUUGGGUUUGGUUAGCCAAAAAUCUAAGAGGUUGAUGCUACACAGUUACAUUAAAAAAAAAGAAUAGAAAUAGUAGAAUAUAAUAUAAUAUAAUAGAAUUAUUUAAAGGAGCUUAAGUGAAACCAGGAGAGUCUGUUUCAACUGAGAGAGCUUAUAGUCUGUAAUUAAUUCUUAGUUUUUUAUAUUAUGUUGUGUUAUGUUGUAUAUUAUUUAUUAUAAUAAUUGUUAUGUUUAAGGUAAAUCCAAGCUGUAUGAUUUAAGCGGCAAUGUUUGAUACUGAUGAUAGACAUAUAUUUUGUAUCCGUUGUCCUCAAAUGUAAAUACAGAAAGUUCCCAGAGUUCAGUGUUUCUCCCAGAAGAUUGUUAUCAGUUUCAUGUUUGAAAUAGUUCCACAUUUAUGUUUGUGUAUGAAUUAUGCAAAAGAGAUUUGUGUUGUGUGUUUUGAACAGUCAGGCUAGCUGUUACUUCAUGUUUACAGUCUUUAUGCUAAACUAGGGUAUCCUGAUUCCAGUUCCAUACAGACAUGAGAUUAAUAUCCAUUUUAACAUCUCACUCAUAAAAAGGAAAAGUCACUGCAGGUUUUGAAUUUUCCAUCAGUACAGAGUAGGAUGAUACUAACAGGUAUCUGACUUUCAAUAAAAGUCCAAUAUCAGCCUGACAUAUUGGGAAAAUUAUAAAUCAGUGUAAUCCUAAUUCUAGUAGGCUAAUGUGUAACUGAACUCUAACUAAAAUGGAAGGAGUCUGUCUGCAUGUCAGCCCUUUUCGGACAAGCUGAGAAAAAUCGCCCUGCAGUUCUAGACUGCAUAUAAUAUCAUCAUCACCACCAGUCACUACUAUUAGUGUAGUUGUUGCUACUGUUGUUGCUGUGCACCUUUGUCUUCUGUCUUUACCUCUGUCUCUGUCCUUCUGUCUUUACCUCUCUCUCUCUCUCUCUCUCUCUCUCUCUCUCUCUCGAGCCAGACAGCCACCCACCUCGAGCCGGGGUCUUUCCGAGGUUUAUGCCUCUAAAAAGGAAGUUUUUCCUUGCCCCCGUCCCCAAGUGCUCGCUCAUAGUGGGAACU